CCUCACUGCCUGCCUGCUCCCUCCCCCACCCAUUGGCCCUUUGCAUCCCACAUGGCACACACUUGCCCACCACCGUCAUAAUUUGGGAGGUGGGAGGGGCGGGCAGGUGCAUGAGGAGCUCGCACUGCCCUGCUCCUGCCUGGUGGCAGUUUUAAUUAAAAUAUAAAUUCAAUUAGACUCCCCCCAUUCUUUGCCAAUGGGGUGGCAAAUCUUUGGCCGCCUACAGGCGGCAAAGAGCUUAAUCCGCCCCGGCCUUGGCCCUGAUCCAGCAGGGCUGUUCUUACAGUAUGUGCUUAUGUUCUUAACAAGAACCCCACUUCACCCAGACAAUCAAACAUAACACACGAAUGACUAAUCAAUAAUACAUAAAUAAGACAUCCACAAUGAUGUGUGGAUGAAGCUCAAUGUCUACAAUGCGUUACAGUGCAGAGGUAAUAUCCAACUUUAGAUGGCAGGAGGUAAUUUUCUGAAUUACUGAAAACACCACUUUUUGUAAUGCAGAUAUAGCAUUCCUUUUCUUUCAUGUUAUUGCAAUCGGCAACAUACCAAGUACAUGGAAUAAGCAAACUACGUGAGAGUUGUAAGUACAGGAAGAGGGACAUAUGUGUGAUGAUCACAUUGUGCAAUGCAGUUUGUUCAGAGAAGGUUGCCCUGCACUUGACCGAAAAUGAAUAUUGUGCUAGGACAAGGGCUUCUGUGGGACAAAGGCUCCAGUCCCACCAACCCCAGAGCACACAACAGUUACCAGCAGGAGUGAAACUGGGCUAUCUUGCAAAAACAUGUUGAGCAAACAAAACCUGUUAAUGGAAACCAUCUGAUAAAGGCACUCACAGACUGCUGGUACAGGGAAGAGGAUUUCAGUGUUCCCACAAGCGUUGCUAGUAGUAUCUCAGCUCCGGGUCGCAAGGGAGAUACCAUGUCCGCAACGAUUUGCCAAGUGAUGGGCUUUUUUGUCUCAGCCCUGGGUUUUGCCGGCUGCAUUGCAGCCACGGGGAUGGAUGCGUGGAGUACCCAGGACUUAUAUGACAACCCGGUGACUGCUGUGUUCCAGUAUCAGGGGCUCUGGAGGAGCUGUGUCAGUCAGAGUUCGGGGUUAACAGAGUGCCGGCCAUAUUUCACAAUUCUUGGGCUACCAGCAAUGUUCCAGGCUGUGAGAGCGCUGAUGAUUGUGGGCAUUGUGCUGGGGGCAUUUGGACUCCUGGUGGCUAUUUUUUCCCUGAAGUGUUUGAGGAUUGGCAAUAUGGAGGACUCUGCAAAGGCAAAUAUGACACUGACCUCUGGAGUCAUGUGUAUUGUGGCUGGUCUGUGCGCUAUCUGUGGGGUAUCUGUUUUUGCCAACAUGCUUGUCACAAAUUUCUGGAUGUCAACAGCUAACAUGUAUCAACCAGGAAUGAUGCAGACACUCCAGACAAGAUAUACGUUUGGUGCUGCCCUGUUUGUGGGAUGGGUUGCUGGGGGCUUGGCUUUAGUUGGAGGCAUCAUGUUGUGUAUUGCCUGCAGAGGACUGGCACCAGAAGACACCCAUUACAAGGCAGUGUCCUACAAGACCACUGGAUACAAGUCUGGAACUGGAUAUGAAACCAAGAAGGUCCCGGUAUAUGAUAAUAAUGCCAAAAGCGAGGAUGGAAGGCGCUCCUUUCCUUCAAAAUAUGAUUAUGUAUAAGAAUCCUUUGUAGUGUAGUCUUACACUCAGCUUACUAUAACUCCUGUUGUAGACAAAAGCAACAGCAAAGUACUAACUAAAGGCUUUAAGUCUCACAUUUCCUUAUUUUCUUUGGUUUGGCUUAGCAAUGCUGGGGACCUCUUACCCAGCUGUUUAUAAAUGUGUUCUUGAUGUGACUGAAAAGAUGUUGACAUCAUAAUGAACUUCGUAAGAGUUUUGUUUUGUUUUUGUGAGUUGUUUUUUUUUUUUAAAUUCCUGCUGCAUGCAUUAUAAGAGCAAUUGCUCCUGCUUUUAAGGAGAAUCAAAGACAGCUGAAGCACUGGUUUCCAUAGAUUUAUGUAGGUAUUUAAGACCAUAACAUUGUUGUAACAUACAGGCUUUCAUGUAAGAUUCAUAUUUCAAGAUUUUGUAAAGUGUUUGGGUCUUCUUGACAAUAAAAAACACCAUACCAAA